CCUUCACAUAUCAAUUUGACAGGUAUGGGUAGAUGGGGGAACUCAGAUCUUCUUCUCUCUUGCUGUUGCAUUCGGAGGAUUGAUGACACUCGGAAGCUAUAAAAAGUUCAACGACAACUUUUACAGAGACAGUAUCGUCAUCAUGUGUAUCAACAGUGGCACAAGUAUUCUAGGAGGAUUUGCUGUGUUCUCCGUUCUCGGGUUUAUGGCACGUAACCAAGGAGUUGACAUUUCAGAUAUAUCUAACUCAGGUACUGCACUUGCAUUCCUCACCUACCCGAAAGCCGUUUCCUUGAUGCCAGGAGCCAGCUUUUGGGCAGUACUGUUCUUCUUCAUGUUGUUCCUGGUUGGAAUGGAUAGCUUGUUCCUCGGAGUCGAAGUAGCCGUGACCAUGAUGGUUGACGCCCUCCCAGAGAGGUACCAGAAGAAAUGGAGUCGGAUGGUAUUGACUGCCGUAUACAGUUUUGCUCUUUUCCUAGUUGGGUUGUCUAUGACGACACGGGGAGGUAUUUACAUUUGGAUCCUGUUUGACAAUUUCUCUGCAAGUGGCAUGGUGCUGCUAUGGGUCUGCUUUUGGGAAUGCAUUGCAAUCGGAUGGGUUUUCGGUGCCGAUAGAUUUGAUGACAUCCUUUACAUGAUGCUGGGUUUUAAGGUCAACCGAUUGUUGUGGGUUUGUUUGAAGUUCAUCACUCCCCUACUCACUACGGUGUUAUUCAUCUCGCAACUGACGUCGUUACGACUGGAUAAUUUAGGAUCUUCGUAUUCAUACCCGCCACUCGCUCAAGCCUUUGGCCUAAUGUUGUCAUUGUCAUCAAUGGUGUGUGUUCCAGUCGUCAUGGUCUAUAAAUUAAUGGGUAUUUCUGGUUCUUUUUCUGAGGUAAGUCAGCUUCAAACAUAAUACAGCAAGACCCUAGUAACAAAACAAUGUCCCAGUGUAACAAAGAAAUGUUUGCUUAUGUCAGAUUUGAACAUAAUACAUAGAAAAUAUGUUUAAAACAACCCAAAUAACAAUAACGUAUAUUUGUUGUAACCUUUGUUAUGUAAAGGAUUCCCCCGCGCGUGUUGAAAAUUUCAAUAUCUGAUCAUGGUCAUCCUCUGUUUUAUAUGGUAAAACCUCGUGAAUUAUUUGCAGAACUUGUGAUAUAUAUAUUGUAUGUCCUGUGAUUUAUGUCAAGCAUUUAUUAUCCCAAACGACAUUGUGUUGAGAGGACGAUAUGAAUGUAAAAACAAGAAAAAUCUUCCACUUUUUAGGUCACCUGGGCUUAACUAUUUCAAACUAAAAGACAAG